CAGACCUGAACCGCAGAGGAAACGUGCUUUGCCUCGAGGUCUGCUGCAGAUGAUGCGCAGUGCACAAACUGCCGCAUAAACACAGAAAGGCCAGACAAGGCAGCAUCCGUUACCAUGUAACCCUCGGAGCGUCGUGUUUCGUGCGCAGCGGUUGUGCGCCGCCGUGGCUGACAGACACCUUCAGAAGAUGCAUCAUGUGCUUCCCGUUCUCUCGCGGCUGAUCGUGAGCUGAUCAUUCUCUUCAGAGACUGUUGUUUGCCACGACGAUCAAGAUGAAGUUUCCCACCGAAAACCCACGAAAACCAGGGACCAUGAACCCUCCGCCAGUGGCAGUCCAGACGAACUUGGUACCUCCAAAGAAAGUGGGACCAGGUAUGCUUCAGUCUAGCCUGGUUCAUGCCAGUGUGGCCACCAUGCAGAACCCCAUGGGCUGCCCUGUUCCACGGCUCUCAAUCUGCUCACGUCCUGCUGCUAUGGUGGGCAGUAUGGAGGCAACAGCUGAUGGUUCUGCCCCUUUCACCAUGAUGAAAUUGAAAACCGUUUUGGCUGUUUUUGUUGUGGUGGUUACAUAUCUGGUGGCUGGAGGCCUAGUGUUCCGAGCACUGGAACAGCCCUUUGAAAACAACCAAAAGAUCACUAUCACUGCGGAGAAAGCAGCCUUCCUCCAAAAGCACCGCUGUGUGCUGCCAGAAGAGCUCGAGGCCAUCAUCAAGCACUCUGUGGAUGCUGUGAAUGCUGGUGUGAAUCCCGUUGGAGAUACUUCAUAUAACUCCAGCCACUGGGACCUGGGUAGCGCCUUCUUCUUCGCUGGAACUGUCAUCACCACCAUAGGGUAUGGAAACAUUGCCCCCAGCACUGAGGGAGGGAAAAUCUUCUGCAUUUUGUACGCCAUCUUUGGGAUUCCACUCUUUGGGUUUCUCCUAGCAGGUGUUGGGGACCAGCUUGGUACCAUAUUCGUCAAAUGCAUUGCCAAAGUGGAGAAGAUGUUCCGAAAUAAACCCAACCAGAUCAGUCAGACCAAAAUCCGUGUGGCCUCAACACUCCUUUUCAUCCUGGCUGGGUGCAUCCUGUUUGUCACCAUCCCAGCUGUGAUUUUCAAACACAUUGAGGGCUGGACGGCGCUGGAGUCAACAUACUUUGUUGUCAUUACUCUGACAACAGUGGGAAUAGGUGACUAUGUGGCAGGGGGAGACCGGAGGAUUGAAUAUCGUAAGUGGUACAGACCACUUGUGUGGUUCUGGAUCCUGGGCGGUUUGGCCUACUUUGCUGCAGUACUAAACAUGAUUGGUGACUGGCUGAGGGUCCUGUCCAAAAAGACAAAAGAAGAGGUUGGAGAGAUCAAGGCUCAUGCAGCAGAAUGGAAAGCUAAUGUGCGAGCAGAGUUCCGUGAGACACGUCGGCGCAUGAGUGUAGAGGUUCAUGAUAAGCUGCAGCGAGCUGCUACAAUUCGAAGCAUGGAGAGACGGCAGCUGGGUCUGGACCAGCGUGCUGUGUCCCUGGACAUGCUCUCCCCUGAGCGCCGUGCAAUUUUCAACAGCUUGGACAACAGCAGCUACAAAACCUCCUCUCAGGAAAGCAUCGACACUAAGCUGAACAACCUUCUCCUACGAGGGGCUGAACAAUGUGAGCAGCAGGCCAACCACCAUACCAUAUCUGAGGACAACAUCUUUAACCGCCUUGGCUCUGUCACUAAGCUGGCUAAGCGUAACAGGAAUCGAGACCUGAAGAAAAACAUCCCUGAUGAAACCCGCCGUCCUCACAGUGAGGCCUAUGGCUGCAGCACAUCCACGUUCGACUACAGCACAGCUGUCAUGGAGGACAGGGGAAAAAGGGAGGAAGGAGGGGAUGAGAAUGAAGACAAGGAAUGCAACACUAGCUUAUCUGAUUUUCCUUUGUUUGUGGAAAUUUCUAAACCACAGAAUGGAUUUAUCAUGGAGCAGUCCAAAGAGAAUGAGAACACAUUAGCAACCAAAGACCUGGAUAUUCAGAAGAGCCUAUAGUCAGAGCUUCCUCUUACCACAGAUAUGUGUAAAAACUACCACCAAGUGCCUUAUGGCUCGUACAUUGUCUCUUUGAGCUCUAUGCUCUGUUCACCAUAUUCACUGAGAUGUAACAGACACUUCACUGUAAACACUGUAUGAAGAGCAAAUUCAAACCAUAAGUUUAAUAACUAGUUUACUCAAGAACAUAUCCAUUUUAUCACCACUUGGGCCUUGAUUUGGUAGGAUUGUCUUUUAUGCACACACCAGUAAAGAUAAUGUUAUUCUCUGUAACAUGAAGGUGUAACAUUUCCACAGUUUGUGGAAAUAAA